AUAACGCAAAAAUAAAGAUGUACCUAAUUGCAAAUAUUGCAGAAAUUAAGGAAAGAGAAAAUAUAUCAUCAGCUGUAACCCACUCUUUUGGGCCAUUGGCGGGGCAGUAGCAUUAGAAACUAGAAAGUACAGACCCUAGCAACAAACGCUGAGGAGAUAGAAUGGGAGCGUUUUGCGACGACGACAAUGCGUUCUCGUCAAAUUACAGUUCGGCGUACUCACAGGACCUGAGUUUAUCCAAGCACGUCCACGACAAUGUCCAUGGAAACAUUUAUCUUGACCCGAUAUUUUUGAAAUUCAUUGACACGGAGCAGUUUCAGAGGCUACGUGAUCUUAAGCAACUUGGAAUGGCACACAUGGUUUAUUCAGGAGCUGUACAUUCUAGAUUUGAACAUUCACUUGGAGUUUAUUGGCUUGCCGGUGAAGCAGUUCAUAGACUUAAGACACAACAAGGAUUGGAGCUUGGUAUUGAUCGCUUUGAUAUGCAAACAGUGAAACUUGCAGGGCUUUUGCAUGACAUAGGUCACGGGCCUUUCAGUCAUUUGUUUGAAAGUGAGUUUCUUCCCAAGGUUCUUAAGGAAUCAGAAUGGUCUCAUGAGAAUAUGUCUGUCGAGAUGGUGGAUCACAUUAUUGAUGAGCAUCAUAUCGACAUAGAUGUUGGGACCGUGAAAAGAGUCAAGGAAAUGAUACUUGCAAGUUCUAAAUAUGCCACAGCCAAAAGCUCAAGGGAAAAGCGGUUUCUAUAUGAUAUUGUGGCGAAUGGUCGAAAUGGCAUUGACGUCGACAAGUUUGAUUACAUCGCCCGUGACUGCCGAGCAUGUGGUUUAGGAUGCAACUUUCAGUUUCAAAGGUUGAUGGAGAGUAUGAGAGUUAUGGGAAAUGAAAUAUGUUAUCGAGCCAAAGAUUAUCUGACCGUCCACAAGUUGUUUGCCACAAGAGCUGAUUUGUAUAGAACUGUUUAUACUCAUGCAAAAGUAAAGGCUAUAGAGCUGAUGGUUGUAGAUGCUUUAGUGAGCGCAAAUAAUUAUCUACAAAUAGCAUCUCACAUACAUGAUCCUUCACAAUAUUGGAAGUUAGAUGACACUAUCAUCAAGACCAUUGAGACAGCUCCAGAUGAUGAACUAAAGGAAUCUAGGGAUUUGAUUCUUCGCAUUCGCCGCAGAGAUUUGUAUCAGUUUUGUAAUGAAUACGCUGUUCCAAAGGACAAAUUGGAGAAUUACAAGAAAGUCACUGCACAAGAUAUCGUGUGUUCACAGAGAAGUGGUGGAUCGACACUAAGAGAAGAAGAUGUUGUGGUUAGCAAUGUACGAAUUGAUCUAACUCAUGGGAAGCAUAAUCCUCUUGAAAGAGUCAACUUUUUCAAGGAUUUUGGCAGUGAGGAGAAGUUCCCUAUUCCUGAUGAUCGCGUCAGCCACUUGCUUCCAACAUCGUAUCAAGACGUGAUCGUUCGAGUCUACUCCAAAAAGCCUGAAUUGGUUGGAGUAAUUUCCGAGGCUUUUGAGAAUUUUCAGUUGAAGACUUACGGGAUCAAAGCACAAGUACAUGCGACACCAGACAAGAAAAAGCAACGGAUAUAAUACUCUUCCGAUUUCCCCGUUACCGAGUAGCAUCCCAAUAGCCAUGCAUAUAUACUUGUAUCUUAUGCACACACAUGCAAUUGCAUUUUUACCUGCAAACGUGCAAAGAGCUUGAUUUUGUGAGUGUGUAUGUGUUUGCGACUU